CAGUUUCACAUGUGACAGCUGGAGGAAAACAAACCCCGAAGUAGUGUGCGUGAAAUGAUUUUCAUAGAACUCUAUAUAAGUCAACCGGAAAAUCAGCAUAGUUCGUAAUCAGCAAACAUCGAAACAGAACCAUUAUUGGUCUGGGCUUAGUGCGUGCCUACGCUUCGUUGGAGACGACAGUCAGCCGAGGUGCAGCAAAUGGUGAGCAACAAGUGGUGAAUGCCGUUGUGUUUUCGAUUUCAAUAUUUUUUUCAAGGUUCAGAAAACAUUCCAAAUGGAAUUUCACAGCGAAUACUCGCAGACUGAAGAGGCUGCUCUCAAUGCGGAAUUUAGUCGCCUAAAUGGAAAAUGCUACCUGGAUCACGCCGGAAGCACGCUGUACGCGAAAUCACAAAUCACAGCCGUCCAGGAGUUUCUCACGGGAAACCUACUCUGCAAUCCGCACACAAGUCGCAGUACCGGGGAUCUGAUCGAUCAGGUUCGCUAUCGAAUACUGAAACACUUCAAUACCCGGUCUUCGGAGUACAGUGUGAUAUUCACGGCCGGAGCAACCGCUAGUUUGAAGCUGGUAGCGGAAAGUUUUUGCUUUGAUCCGUCCGGGGUGUUUGUGUAUCACCAUGAUAGCCACACUUCGGUGCUUGGUAUGCGGGAUAUCGUGGGCACCAAGCGUGUGGAUCCAAUCGAACGGGAGCAGUUAUUGGCGAACCUUCUGGGCCAAGGUAGAACGACUAAUCAGAAUGCUUCCCUGCUGGUUUUUCCUGCCCAGUGUAAUUUCAACGGAAUUAAAUAUCCCCUUGAGCUCGUCGGAAAGAUCAAGCAAGAUGGACUGGCAGGCUACGAUCAGGAACGAUUCUACGUUUGCUUGGAUGCAGCGAGCUAUGUUUCAAGCAGUUUUCUAGAUUUGACCAAAUAUCAACCGGACUUUGUGUGUCUUUCCUUCUAUAAACUAUUUGGCUUUCCAACCGGACUCGGGGCACUGUUGGUACAUCGGGAAGCCGCGGAGUUACUGCACAAACGUUACUAUGGAGGAGGAACCGUUAAGAUUGCCAUGGCCGGACGAAACUUCCACGUGAAGCGAGAUUCUCUAGUGGAUCGUUUCGAAGACGGAACUAUUCCGUUCACCUCCAUCGUUUCUCUUCUCCAAGGUUUCGACUCCAUCGAGCGGUUGGUUCCUUCUGUUCGCGAAAAACGCUCGAUCGAGCGGAUUUCAGAGCAAACAUUCUAUCUUGGGCGGUAUUGCUAUGAUAGAUUGCGUAGUCUUCGACAUGUGAAUGGUAGCGAGGUCGUGGAACUGUACCACGACAGCGCGUUUGAAGAUGUGGCGCAACAGGGAGGUAUCGUCAAUUUCAAUGUUCUUCACGAUGAUGGUAGCUACGUUGGAUUUGCCGAAGUCGCAUACAUGGCAAGCGUUCACAACAUCGUACUGAGGACUGGAUGUUUCUGCAACCCGGGAGCUUGCCAGAGGCUAAUUGGUCUGACAGAUGAGGAUGUUUUGAGGCAUUUCGACGCGGGACAUGUUUGCGGUGACGCUAACGAUUUGAUCGACGGGCAGCCCACAGGUUCGGUACGUCUUUCGUUUGGAUAUAUGACUCGCAAAGAGGACGUUGAUCGUCUGGUUGAAAUGAUAGAAAAAUGUUACGUGAAAAUUCUGGUUCCCAGCAACAUUUCCAGGAAGCAAAUUACAUCCAGUUACAAGAACUACGAUCAAGCGGUUUUGAAAAUGAUCUGUCUCUUCCCGAUUAAAUCAUGCGGAGCGUUUAAAAUCACCACCGGGUGGCCACUGUGCCGUAAGGGUUUAAAACACGAUCGUGAGUUCGUAAUCGUUGACGAAAACGGUGUUGUGUUAACCCAGAAGAAGUUGACCGAGAUGUGCCUGAUAUGCCCCAAAAUCAACCUUGAAACUAAUGAGCUCACGCUAUCCCAUCCUUCAUUGUCUAAUUUUGUUCUGGAUAUGAACUCACUUGAAAACACCACCGGAAGCCAACCAAUCGUACUAUGUGAAACCAAAGUUUGCAUGGACGACGUCCAAGCCGUGGAUUGUGGUGACGAAGUUGCCGACUGGAUUAGCAUAGCUUUACAAAUCUCCGGUCUUCGUUUGCUCAAACAAUCCGGAGACGAAGUGCGAACUUUCCAACAGACGUCGAAGGAGAUCGCCCUCUCCAAUCAGGCACAGUUUUUGCUGAUCAAUCAAAGCUCGGUACGGUGGCUUGCGGAGAAGGUCCCCGAAUGGGACGACCUGCAAGUUGAACCGACACUGGAAUCGUUGGUUGAUCGAUUUCGCGGUAAUUUAAUUAUAGAAACGGGACCCCGGGCUAUGGAAGAAAUACAAUGGAAUCGAGUGACGAUCGGUGGGCACGAGUUUACCGUUGAUGGACCCUGCUCCCGCUGCCAGAUGAUCUGUAUCGAUCAGACCAGUGGCAUCAAAACAACCGAACCGCUGCGAACGAUUGCCAGGGAAUUCAAGGGGAAAAUGCGUUUUGGUGUAUACUUGUCGCACGAUUCAAGCUACAAGGUCAGUUCGGAUGAGAAAUUGCUGUACUGCGGAAGCGCAGUUCAGGGAAAGGUGGAAUAAAAAUGUUUUUACUAAGUGAA